AUGGGACAGAGACAUCCCCAGUGCUACCUGACGAGGAUGAACAAGCCGAGCCAGCCCGACCGCAAAGUGUCGGUGGUGGCCCCGCUGGCGGAGCGUGCGGGGCCGCCGCCCCCGCGAAAGGACGUGGAGCUGAUCCUGGUGAAGGAGCACAACGGGGUGCAGUACACCAGCAGCAGCCUGCUGCCCGCCGCCCCCGCGCCGCGCUACGGCCCCCAGGACAGGGAGACCUGGGGCAAGAAGAUCGACUUCCUCCUCUCCGUCAUCGGCUUCGCCGUGGACCUGGCCAACGUCUGGCGGUUUCCCUACCUCUGCUACAAAAAUGGAGGGGGUGCUUUUCUUAUUCCCUAUAUUCUCUUCUUAAUUAUUGCCGGAAUGCCCCUCUUCUACAUGGAAUUAGCACUGGGACAGUAUAACCGAGAAGGGGCUGCCACUGUGUGGAAAAUCUGCCCGCUUUUCAAAGGUGUAGGCUAUGCAGUGAUACUCAUUGCUCUCUACGUGGGCUUCUACUACAAUGUUAUCAUAGCUUGGUCUCUGUAUUAUCUAUUUUCAUCAUUCACAUUUGAGCUCCCUUGGACAAACUGCCACAACAGUUGGAACAGUCCAAACUGUACAGAUCCCAAACUCUUCAAUGCAUCAGUGCUUGGCAAUGGUACCAAAUACUCAAAGUACAAGCUCACUCCUGCAGCUGAAUUUUAUGAGCGAGGAGUUCUGCACCUGCAUGAAAGCCGUGGAAUCCACGACCUUGGCUUGCCUCGCUGGCAACUUUCUCUCUGCCUCUUGGUGGUGGUAAUCAUUCUUUUCUUUAGUCUGUGGAAAGGUGUGAAGACUUCAGGAAAGGUUGUUUGGAUAACAGCCACUUUGCCUUACGUUGUAUUAUUUGUCUUGUUAAUACACGGAAUAACCCUGCCUGGUGCCUACAAUGGAAUAAAUGCAUACCUGCACAUAGAUUUCAGAAGAUUAAAAGAAGCCACAGUGUGGAUUGAUGCAGCUACUCAGAUAUUUUACUCCUUAGGAGCCGGGUUUGGUGUUUUAAUUGCAUUUGCCAGUUACAAUAAGUUUGACAACAACUGUUACAGGGAUGCUUUGCUGACUAGUACCAUAAACUGUGUCACAAGCUUCAUCUCAGGAUUUGCAAUUUUUUCCAUACUGGGCUACAUGGCUCAUGAGCACAAAGUUAAAAUUGAGGAUGUAGCUACUGAAGGAGCUGGUUUAGUUUUCAUCCUGUAUCCCGAGGCAAUUUCAACUCUUUCAGGAUCUACAUUUUGGGCUGUGGUAUUCUUCAUCAUGCUCCUCACACUCGGUAUCGACAGUUCUAUGGGAGGAAUGGAGGCUGUCAUCACCGGCUUGGCAGAUGAUUUCCAAAUUCUGAAGCAGCACAGAAAGCUCUUCACCUUUGGUGUUUCUUUUGGCACUUUCCUACUAGCCCUUUUCUGCAUCACCAAUGGUGGAAUUUAUGUCCUCACACUGCUGGACACAUUUGCAGCUGGGACUUCAAUAUUGUUUGCGGUUCUAAUGGAGGCAAUUGGAGUUUCCUGGUUCUAUGGUGUGGACAGAUUUAGUGAAGAUAUCCAACAAAUGAUGGGUUUCAAGCCAGGCCUCUACUGGAGAUUGUGCUGGAAAUUUGUUAGCCCUGCUUUUUUAUUGUUUGUUGUGAUAGUCAGCAUAAUAAACUUCAAGCCUCUGACCUAUGAUGACUACACCUUCCCUCUCUGGGCAAAUCGCAUUGGCUGGGGAAUAGCAUUAUCUUCAAUGAUACUUGUGCCUGCCUAUAUUAUCUAUAAAUUUAUGAAUGCACGUGGGACCUUUAAAGAAAGACUAGCUUACUGCAUCACACCUGAAAAUGAGCACCAACUUGUGGCCCAAGGAAAUGUCAGGCAAUUUAAGCUUCAGCACUGGCUAACAAUAUGA